AGACAGACAGACAGACGCACAGACAGACAGAUGCACAGACAGAUAGAUAGAUAUAUUGAUUACCCUAACCUAACCCUAACCCUAUGAAUAAAUAUACAAAUUUUAUCCUGGAAAUUAACAGUCAUGCAGUCCUACUGUAGUUCUUUAUAAAACAUGAUUUGCAUUGCUUGUUUUUCCGUGAAGGCAACGCCUAGUACCUACUAUAGUACUAAUUCACUGGAAAUAGCUAACCUGAGAGCAGCAUUCACCUCCUUUAAAAAAAUUAUACUUCAGCAUCUACCAUGGACCAGAACACUUCUGUAAACGGGACUCUUGAAUCUGGAAUCUGUGUACAUGGAAACACAGUGGAGCGGUAUAUGUACCCGACGGCUUACUCGCUGUUCUUCAUCAUUGGAUUUCCAGCAAACUGUCUGUCCCUGUACGUGGCCUGGGUUCUGAUGAAGAAAGGCAAUAAUUUGGCGGUUUAUCUGAUUAAUUUGUCAGUUGGAGAUCUGCUGUAUAUCCUCACUCUUCCCGUUUGGAUCGUGAUGGCACUCGGUUAUGCGGUGGACGACAGUCUGUGCAGCGUUAUAGCAGUGGUCAUGUUCAACAGCUUCUAUGUGGGUUCAGGCUUUCUGUGCUGCAUCUCUGUGGACCGAUAUUUAGCCAUCGUGUUUCCACUGCAUUUCGCACGUGUGCGAGAAGUCAGAACUACAGUAUUGGUGAGCGCCAUCGUAUGGCUGCUGGAGAUUGUGCUUCAUGUGGAUCUUCUAACCUACACGAAGGCGAUCAAUAACUUUUCUGCCAGUCGUCUGUGCCAGGAGCCAAUGAUAAUGAGCGCCGCCGCUGCAAACAUGGCCAUCACACGCGCGGCCCUGGGAUUUCUGGUUCCUGUACUCAUUAUGAGCUUCUGCUUCGAGGAGAUCAUCAGGGCGCUGAAGAAAAGCACCUCUACUGUGGUCAGCGAACGGAGGAAGAUCUGCCGCCUUCUCUUCUCUCUCCUUUUCACCUACCUUUUGGCUUUUACACCCUUCCAGGUGGUGAUGUUCAUCAGGGGACUGCUGGAGCCCGGAAACUGCAGCGUCGCACACAAUCUCAGAGACUAUUACAUGGUGUUUGUGGCUACGACUACAAUAAACAGCGUUUUAGACCCCAUCCUAUAUUGUCUCAUAAGUGACAGUGCCAAAACUGAAAUGAAAAGACUUUUUAAGGUCUGUGAGGAGCAAUUCGGUAAGAUUUAUUCAUCUGUGGUGAAAGCCUGACAUUCUGAAUUAUACUGAUGUCUCGACUCAUUUGUCAUCAACAGACUGGACAUGUUUGUCAUUAUCCUUAGCGUGUAAAAUCUGACUUGAAAUUAUAGUCUGAGUUUUUGUUUUGUUUUGUUUUUAAAUGGAACUUUUUUUGAGUAUCAUAUUUGAUACAUCAGGCUUUUAUGGCUCAUAUAGCAUAAUUACACUAAAAAUGACAUUUACUUGUUUUAAAAGUAAUUUAGACGAGAGUAGUUGGAUUUUCAGCUAAAUUUGUAUCAUUUACAGUCCUUAUCAAAUAUGAUACAGCAGCUUUUUUCAAGGGUUAGAACCAUAAAGGCUUCUUUUUGAAAAGUGUAUAUAUAAAUAUAAAUUGUAAGUAUGUGUGAAAUUGUUUUGAUGCCUUUACUGUUAUUUUAAGAUGUGGAAAAUAGUCAUAUACAAAUGAGCAGGUGAGUCCAAACCUGUGCGUCUGUUCGGCAUGUGUAUUCGUUUCCAGAAAAGAAAAGAGAGUUGUGAAACGUAUUCUAUGUGCUGCAACAAACAUGCAAAGC